AUGUCCAGCUUUCAGUUGAAUGAGGAUCGGGAUAAUCUACGGAAAAGGAAAACGGACGAACCGCUUCCAAUUGACCCCAAUGACGGGAUUAUAGUAGAUCGCGACGUGAAGAAGACAUUACCUGCAACAGGAUACGGAACGUGGAAACAUAUCUUGUUGGAUGUUGUUGGACCUCUGGCGUUAACGUUUCUCUCGUUCUACCUACGAUUUUAUAGAAUUGGGAAGAACAAUAACGUAGUGUGGGAUGAGGCACAUUUUGGUAAAUUUGGCUCAUAUUAUCUAAAGCACGAGUUUUACCACGACGUCCACCCUCCUCUGGGUAAAAUGCUUAUUGCAUUGAGUGAAUGGCUUACUGGAUUUGAUGGUGAUUUUGCUUUUGAGUCUGGCGCCACUUACAAAAAUGGUAUGAACUACGUGUUUAUGAGGAAAUUUAAUGCCACCUUCGGUGCUCUAUGUGUCCCAGUGACCUUCUUCACUUCCAAGUGGCUGGGAUUUGCUUAUCCAACGAUGUAUCUGGUAACAACGAUGGUUACACUGGAACAUUCUUUUAUAGUUCUUUCAAAGUUCAUAUUGCUGGAUUCGAUGCUUCUUUUCUUCACUGCAACUACGUUUGCCUGCAUGGCCAAGUUACACAAUCUUAGGAAUACACAGUUUACUCGCACUUGGUCACUUUGGAUGCUUCUUACUGGUCUCUCCAUUGGAUGUGUGUGUUCAGUAAAAUGGGUUGGUAUAUUGGUCACAGCGGUGGUAGGCCUCUACACCAUCAUAGACCUCUUCAGACUGUUUCACGACAAGUCUGUAACCCGAUUACAAUACACCAAGCAUUGGAUUAUCCGGAUAUUGGAUCUGAUAUUGAUCCCAUUCUUGGUGUACCUUUUCUGCUUCAAGAUUCAUUUUGCAUUGCUUUACAAGUCAGGUACAGGUGACGCGUCGACCAACUCAUUAUUUCAGGUAAACUUGGAAGGAACUCAAAUCCAAAACAGCCCUCGCGAUGUGAUGUUUGGGUCUGUUGUAACAAUACGGUCCCAUGGACUGAGCCCAAACCUAUUACACUCCCACAUACAGUCCUACCCAGACGGGUCAAGACAGGGUCAGGUUACUGGUUACGGCCAUUCGGAUAGCAACAAUAAUUGGCAGUUUCAGUUUGCCAGAACCUCUGGCAUUCAUCUUGACGAGAAUGGAAAAACUCCAAAUGGAGAAUUGAUACCUGUUGUAGAUGGACUAACGGUAAGACUAGUACACAACAACACUCGCUCCAACUUGCAUUCUCAUGAAAUACCUUCCCACGUCUCUCGCGGUAACUUCGAAGUCAGCCGAUACGGUUCUGAGACGAAAGGUGAUGAAAAGGAUGAUUGGGUUAUUGAGAUCGUGGAUCAGCUACGGUCGUCGAAUUACGACUUCCCCGAGGAAGAUCCUUCAAUGCUGCAUCCUAUUUCAACAUUUUUUAGAUUGAGACACAAAGAGCUUGGCUGCUAUUUAUCUUCCACAGGGAUGGCAUAUCCUCAAUGGGGGUUUUCGCAAGCUGAAAUCGUGUGCAAGUAUUCAUGGAGUAAAAGGGAUAAAUCUACAUGGUGGAAUGUCGAAGAUCAUUGGAAUGACCAAUUAGAAGCCGAUGAGGACUACAGCCCGCCAGCUUCUAAGUUUUGGACAGAUUUCAUUUUAAUAAACUUUGCUAUGGCUUCGUCGAAUAAUGCGUUAAUACCGGAUCCAGACAAAUAUGACAACCUUGCCUCCGAGGCCUGGGAAUGGCCAAUUCUAUACACCGGGCUCAGACUGUGUGGAUGGGAUCUAAGCAACACUAGGUACUAUUUGUUGGGUUCUCCAUUCAACACUUGGGCGUCAACUCUAACAAUUAUACUGCUGCCAUUAUUGCUCUUCUCAAUAUUUUACCAAUGGAGAAGACAAACUAUUCAAAUAACUGAACCGCACUGGUGGACCCUCAUCAUGCAAUGUGGCUUCCCACUUGUGGGCUGGUUGUCACACUACUUACCAUUUGUUGUCAUGGGACGAGUUACCUAUGUGCAUCAUUAUGUUCCUGCGCUGUACUUUGCGAUCAUGGUCUUUGGAUUUGCCAUGAACUACUGGGUGUACCCAAAACAUCCUUUGAUAAGCAUACCUGUUUACCUUGCAAUGUUCUCUGGCUGCAUCUAUAUCUACUACUACUUCUCUCCGCUGUGCCAAGGAAUGGACGGUGCGCCAAUGAAGUACUUAUACUUAGAGUGGUUCCGUUCAUGGGAUAUUGUUGUGUAG